GUAUACCGCCGUCGUUGACCAUAAAUACAGACAUUCUCUGACGAAUUAGUAUCAGUCUUCGAUACACCAAUCAAGCAACUACAACUACCAGUACGAAACUAAAGAACACAUUAAAAAAAAUGGCCGCUAAGUUGAUCAUCUUCGCCGCUUGCGUGGCUUCUGCUCUCUCUCAAUACGGCGCUCCCGCCUACAAGCCAGCCUACUCCGCCCCGGCUUACCCUGCACCCAAGGCUUACGCACCGGAACCCGAAUACGCACCAGCACCGUACAGCUUCGAAUACAGCGUAAACGACCCAAGCACAUACGACGUCAAGAGCCAAGCCGAAUACAGCGACGGCAAAACCGUCAAGGGAUACUACAGCUUGGUCGAAGCCGACGGCACCAAGAGGAUCGUCGAGUACACCGCCGACGACUACGGUUUCAACGCCGAAGUCAAGAAGGAAGGAACCCCGUCUUACAGCUCUGCCCCGGCCUACAGCAAGCCAUCUUACUCUGCCCCCGCAUACAAACCCGCCUACUCUGCACCAGCUCCGGCUUACCCAUCACCCUCGUACGCCGCCCCGGCUUACAAACCAGCCCCAUACAAACCAUACUAAGUGACAUAACAAUUCAUUCGCCUUUGCAUGGAAGGUGUUGUAAACUGUUGUGUUUGACGUCUUGCUAUCUGACAGACUGUAAACUUUUAUGCACCCGAUUCCGUUUCUCUUCAUCUUACUCCACACCGACAUACAAACCCGCCUACUCCGCACCAGCACCGUCGUACUAAACGCACAUACUAAUUGUCGUUUACUUAGUACAAUCAAUAUAUAUACAUUAUAUACUUUGUAACAGCUGUGGACGUAAAUCAGUUUUGUAAAUAACAUCAUGCUCUUGUAAAUACAGUCAUUUAAUUCUUAAACGAAA